AUGUGUCUGCUUGCGCGCGUUAGGCAUAUCGAGAUAACACCCGAUGUCAAUGGCAACAUGUUCUUCUGGCACUUCCAAAAUAAACACAUUGCGAACAAGCAACGAACAGUGAUAUGGUUGAACGGCGGCCCCGGCUGCAGCUCCGAGGACGGUGCCCUGAUGGAGAUUGGCCCGUAUAGGUUAAAAGAUAAGGACACGCUGGUGUACAACGAAGGAGCAUGGAACGAGUUCGCCAAUGUCCUCUUCGUCGAUAACCCUGUCGGCACGGGGUUCAGCUAUGUCGACACCAACGCUUAUGUACGCGAACUCGACGUUAUGGCUGACCAGUUUGUUACUUUCCUGGAGAAGUGGUUCAAGCUGUUCCCCGAGUAUGAACACGACGAUAUAUUUAUUGCUGGAGAAUCCUACGCCGGCCAGUACAUCCCCUACAUCGCCAAGGCUAUCCUUGAGCGCAACAAGAAAGGCGGCGAGUCCUCCUACAAAUGGAACCUCGCCGGUCUCCUCAUUGGCAACGGCUGGAUUUCCCCUCCCGAACAAUACGAAGCCUACCUCCAGUUCGCCUACGAGAAGGGCAUCGUCAAAAAGGGCUCCGACGCCGCCUCCAAGCUCGAAGUCCAACAGCGCAUCUGCUCCAAGCAGCUGGCCGUCGGCCCCGCCCUCGUCGACAACACCGACUGCGAGAAGAUCCUUCAGGACCUCCUCCAGCUAACCGCCACUAGCAAAGGCGGCGAGCAGCGUUGCGUGAACAUGUACGACGUCCGGCUGACCGACACCUAUCCGUCAUGCGGCAUGAACUGGCCUCCCGAUCUCGACGCCGUAACCCCUUACCUCCGCCGCAACGACGUAAUCCAGGCCCUGCAUGUGAACCCGAACAAAGUCACCGGCUGGGUGGAAUGCAACGGCCAGGUCGGCGCAAACUUCAAGCCCUCUUCCAAACCCUCGGUUGAACUCCUCCCCGACCUGCUAAAAGAAGUCCCCAUCAUCUUGUUCUCCGGCUCGGAAGAUCUAAUCUGCAACCAUUUGGGCACCGAAGCGCUGAUCUCCAACCUGCAAUGGAACGGCGGAAAGGGCUUCGAAAUCACCCCCGGCACUUGGGCCCCCAGACGUGACUGGACCUUUGAGGGCGAAGCAGCUGGCUUCUGGCAGGAGGCCCGCAACUUGACCUAUGUAGUCUUUUACAACAGCAGCCACAUGGUCCCGUUUGACUACCCCCGCCGCACAAGAGACAUGCUAGACCGGUUCAUGGGGGUGGACAUCUCCUCCAUCGGCGGCAAGCCCACCGACUCCCGCCUCGACGGGGAGAAAGUCCCCGAAACCACCGUCGGCGGGGUGGCCGGUAACGGCACCGACGCGCAGCAAGCAGAGAAGGAAAAGCUCGACACGGCCAGGUGGGAAGCCUAUCGCAAAUCAGGGGAGAUCGUCCUGGUGAUUGUGGCGUUUUCGGCAGCGGGAUGGGGGUGGUGGGUGUGGAGGGAGAGGAAGAAGAGGAGGGGUUACAUGGGGGUGUCUGGGGGGGAGAAUAUCUCGCCUUCUGGGGAAGCGAGGGGGAGGGAAGGGUUUAGAGACAAGCGUUCGGCGGCGGAUUUGGAAGCGGGGGAUUUUGACGAGAAUGAGCUGGAUGAUUUGCACAUGAGGACGCCGACGACGGUGAUGGGUGGGGAGGGGAAUGAUCCCAGGUAUAGUGUGGGCGCGGCGAGCGAGGAUAGUGAGGAUGAGGAGGACGUGAAGGGGAAGGGGAAGGAGAAGAUGUCGGGUUGA